GUUGGCUACUUGCUGACAUGGCGUCUUGAAGUGUAGUGUGGGAUUUCGAUCCUGGCAAGGAUUUCAUCCCUCUUCAAUGCCAACGCCACUGAAAUGCCCAGGUGUUCGGGUGAUGUACGGAAUUCCACCACCUGCUAGCAACCACCAUCGGUAGCCAUGACGUCAGCACUGCAAUCGCAGCGAUUCUGCCUUCGUUGGAACAACCACCAGUCAAAUCUUCUCUCCGUGUUUGAUCAACUAUUACAUGAUGAAUCGUUUGUGGAUGUUACGCUCGCAGUUGAAGGGCGUUUACUUCGCGCCCACAAAAUGGUGCUAUCAGCUUGCAGCCCCUAUUUUCAAGCCCUGUUUGUAGGACAUCCUGACAAGCACCCCAUAGUCAUACUGAAAGAUGUACCCUAUUGUGACAUGAGGAGUUUAUUAGACUUUAUGUAUAGGGGUGAAGUUAGUGUUGAUCAGGACCGCCUGACUGCAUUUCUAAAAGUUGCUGAAUCAUUACGGAUAAAGGGAUUAACGGAAGUGAAUGAAGAAAGAUGUGAUAUACCCUCCAUAACCUCUUCUCUGCUUUCAUCUGUUCCCCCACCUGUUGUGACUACACAUACACCACCACCGCCACCACCACCACCGCCUCCUCCACCACCUCCACAUCUUCACCGAAUACAUCCUCCAACACCAACAGCACAGAAGCGUUCUGCAUCAGCAGCGACUGUAGCAAACCCGUUGUUAGGAUCAGCUCUUACAGCCCCUAAAAGAAAACGUGGCCGUCCAAGAAAACUGUCUGGCAGUAGUGGUGGCACACCGGCAAAUUUACCUGGUGACACUCCUCCUGUUGCUGUUAGAAAUCAAAGCCAGCCAUUGUUAGAUGGUAAUGGUGAAUUGGACCCACCUAUAAAGAUAGCUCAAGCUCCAGAUUCAAUAGUGCAGGGAUCUCCAGAACUGUUGGAAGUGAAUUUUCAACAUUCACCUGCAACAACAUCUGCUUCUUCAUCAGUGCAAAGGCCAACCGAAGGAGAAAAUGGGCAUGGGCCUUCAAGUGCACCAUCUCCGGAGGAUGAAAAAUUAUCAUCAAAGGAUGGUCCUGUCCAGCAAGUUAAAGAAGAGCCUGAACCAACUCCAGGACCUUCAUCACAAGAUCCAGGCCAAGCAUUUACACAGUCCAGUGAUGGAACAAGAGAUCCAACUGAAAGUUUUGCACUUGAUCCACUGCUGACACCAAAGCUUGAGCGGCCACAGAGCAGGGAAGAUGGAUGGAGUGAGGGACCAGAAGACAGUGCAAGCUCUCCCUCUGUACCACCAGCACCUGCGUCUGCUCCACCAGCAGCUCGGCCACCUGUCAAACGACGAGCGCGACGUCGAGCCACUUCUGCCAGCCAAGAUCCUGCAGAACAGCUUACAGAGAUGAGUGUGCGAGGACUUAAUUUGUUUCGAUAUGCAUCCAUCUCGGAGGGUGUUUACCAGUGUACAGAAUGUGCCAAGGCUGAUGUCCAGAAAACAUUCAAGAACAAAUAUAGCUUCCAGCGACAUGCCUUCUUGUAUCAUGAAGGCCAUCAGAGAAAAGUCUUUCCAUGUCCAGUAUGCUCAAAAGAGUUUUCAAGGCCAGACAAGAUGAAAAAUCACAUGAAAACUGUACAUGACUGUUUCAUGCCUAAAGAUUGUGUAUUUCCACUCGGAUUCUUCUUGCCACCAUAACAGAUAGCAUUCAUAAUGAGCAGAUGUUAAUUGUUUAUUAAGACUUCAAAGUUUUGUAUGUGACAGAUCUUUCUAGAUGUUAUUACACAGUAGUGUAUGUUGAUUUUUUAUUUGGAUGUGUCAUGGUAUUUGUGGGAACAAUUGUUUUUUCAUAAGAAAUUGGCAGCCUGUGUGAUACACAACUCAAGAACUCUCAGUACUCAGUGCCUUGAUGAAAGUGAUAAUUCCCAAGCCCAAAUUGCACAUAUGCUUGAGGUUAGGUAGGGCAUUUAGUUCUGCAAAAAAAAAAAAAAAUUGCUUUCUUUUUCAUUUGUUGUGGUUGGAUGUGCCCUACAUAUAAACGACUUUUUAAUCUGUUGUAGAGAGCAUUUCAUUUUCCUGCCUUGAAUUUAUAGUCUUCGAAGACUUUCUCUCUCUUUUCAUUUUUAACUUGUAAGAGUCCCAGGUUUAUACAUGUUGCAUUAGCUGAAUCUUGUAAGUAAUAACUGUCAGUUUCACACUUCAAGAAAGUACCACAUAUACAUCGGCUUUAUCUCACAGCUUCUAACCUUCUGUACCGGUUAAAGAAAAAUUUGAUUGAAAACACCAAAACCUAAAUUAUAAUAAUAAUUACUAUUAUUAUUAUUAUUAUUAUUCCUUAUAAAAAAUAUGAAUCCUUAUGAACAUUUGGUUGUUCAGCUACUGACAAAUGUAUUGACUUACAAGGCAUUUUUUCAUCAUAACAGUUUCUUUCAGUCUGUCUUUCGUACUUGGAAACAUUAAUCAUUUUGUCUUUAUUCAAAUUUGUCAAGAAAACUUUUUAGUACACUCAAAAGUACUGUAUACUUUCUCCUGCCUUUGUUUCGUGUGUUUCUGUUUGCUUGCAAAUAGUACUUUGAAUAUGUGAUUCACUGAUUGUGCUGGUGAUUUUGUCUUUGGUAAAUUUUCUGCGGUAGUCAGACACACUUGAAGUUACAUGUGUGAAAAAUGGGGAAGUUCUCUUUAUAAAUUAGUAUUAUUCUUUCUCCUUUCCAUACAUUUGCCAAAGGACUUUCCAGUAGUUGUGAAGUAAUCUAAUGACAAGUACAAAUUGUGAUGUAAGAAUAGUGUACUUAAUAGCGUAAUGAAAUCACAUAUUACAAACUUUGAUAUUCAUUUGUUCUACGCAGUCUGAUCACCUGUAUCUGAACUGUUUGAAAGUGUAAAGUCAGGCUCGCUCUCUCUGUCUUUUCUAUUGUCUUGUCUGUUUAUCUAGAUACCUACUCCCCACCCCCUGUUCCAAAAAAAAAAAAAGUAUUUUUGUACCAAAUAACCAUUUUUCACUUUGUAUUGGGUGUGGCUGUUAAGAUUGACAAAUACCAAAUUUGUCGCUAUUAUUUGUGGCCAAUUCUUCUCCUUUAACUGUUGUCUUUUCAUGGUGCUUUUGCCUUUAUCACUGCCUAUAAAUAUUUAUAUACAUUAUAUAUAUAUACACAUAUAUAAAAUAUAACUUUCAUAUAACAUGAUUUAUCUACAAAUUAGAGUUAAAAAUUAUUGUUUGUUCGUACACUGUAUUUACAGUGUUGUGAAAAUAUAAAGAAUAUAUUGUUGCAUGUACAUAUCUCUAGAGAUGGUUUGAAAACAUAGGUGGCUAAAUGGUUGCAACUGCGUCAUCUCUAAUCUUUGGAGAGAAGUAGUUGCUGAAUAUCUGAAGACAUUUCAUAACUGACAAUCUUGUAGAACAAAUAUUCAACUUUUAUAUUAUGGAUUAAUGGGCAAAUGAUUCAGUGGUGCUGAACAUAUUUUGUUAGUCAGAAUUAUUAUUGCACUCAUUAGAUAUGCUAGUAUAAUUCAAAAGAACAGAAACUGAAUUGAAACGUACAUACUAAUAUUGCUUGCGUUCUCUUUUUUAAAACUCUUUGAAAACAUUUGUGCCCCAUGAAGUAAUGCAGAGUUUGCCUUCAAACAUCAGUUUGUCUUGCAUUGGCAGAUUUGUUGUAGUAAAAGAUUUUGCUGCUUUGUGAUAUGCUUUCAGUUUUUGUAUCUCUGCUGUAUGGUGACUGUUUCCAUAUUCAUCAUUUACUUCCCCAUCACUGCUAAGAGAAGCACCUUUUCCCAGUAAGAAUUUGUUAAUGUAUUUUUAAGUAACAAUUUAAAUUUUUAUAUAGAAUCGUGUAAGUUCAGGCGAAAAAAUAUUUGUUUUUAACACACAUUAAAUUUUACUAAUUUGACAAAAUCAAUUUGAUAUUAAUGAAAUCUAGACAACAUAAAUAUAUUCAUUUCAAAAACUUAUGUUUUGAAUUUUGGAUAGGAAGUGACAUACAUCUUUCGCUUUUGAACUUGUCACUGCUUUUUAUCAAUUGAGGAACAUGGUUUCUCACUAUUGUGGAUGGUUAGGUUUGUCAUAUUGUUGUUAGCACUGGGUGAGGAAAUGGAUGGAAAGUUGAUAAGGAAGAUUUCCUGUAAAUAAAAAAGCAUGAUCUAUUUUCAGUGCGGGGGAAAUGAUUAUUCAGACAGUCAAAUGUUACACACGUUUUAUUAUCAAAGGUACUGUGAUUCAAAAUUGAGAGGAGCAAUGAGAAAUCCACAAACAUUAACUACAUUUAUGAAAGUAUGAUGACAAUUAUGAGAGCAAAGGUUUUUAGUGAGAAAUAAUUUAAAAGUGAGCCAUUUCUAUUGAAAACACUGAAGUGCCUUUCUGAAUAGACUAACUGUCAAGACUACAUUUCCUGCUUUUUAGUUGUAAGAGCAUUCAGAAUUUCACGUUAUUAAAAUCUGUUGGAAACACAUUUUUACUCAAUAGAUGUGUAUUAAUAAUUACUGUAGACUUUCUUCCAUUCAAUUCAGCUUUACUAUUACCCUUUGGAAGCUUUAUUCUGAAUUUUAUGAACUUAGUGUUUCAGUCUUCAGUCGGUGUUGAGUCAUGCUUUCCAUUUUUAUUGCUUUUCCAUUUUUAUUGCUUUGCUACUCUAAUUCAUAUGUUUAUACUUCCUAUACUGUUAUAUUCACAUGCUAACUUCGCCAUCCGUAUAACUUAGAUUUUUUGUUGUUUUGAAGAAAGUGUCAUCAUAUAGGUUCAACAACAUUGAAAGUCUCUUUCUGUACUUCAUUUACUAAUGGAUAUCCAAGUUUUAAAACCAAAAGAAACAAUGAUUCUGUUCAGGGAAGAGCUCACCCUUACUCCAGUGUUCUUUCAAAUCUGGUUGCUGUUCACUUUCGUCUCACUAGUUGUGUUGCAGAAUAAAGCUGAUAAUCUCCAUGAAGCAAGAAAUUAUAUCAUAUGAUGCCUAUCCCUGUUCUAAAAUUUUUAAUCGUUUGACUAACUUCCUCACAAAGUCGUUUUGUUUGUGCGAUGUGAUAAAGCUGACUUCAUUUAUUUUGAACAAGCACAUCUGCUGUGGUAUAGUUUAUUAAUUGUUGGUAGAAAUGUCCAAAUGUGUUAAAAACAGAUGUAAAUUAAUGUUGUUCAAAACUUCAUCAUGAUUUACCGAGUGCAUAAGGGGACAACAAACACACACACUCACACACACACACACACACACACACACACACACACUUGAAGACAGUUGCCAUUGAAUCAUGUUCAUCGUAUUGGAAAUAUUUGUAAAAAUUCCGGUGAAUAUACAGCAGUUAAUGACUUAAUUUUAAAAUAAGAGAGUUUUAAAGUAAGAAUAUAUAAAAGAUUAUCACAGUGAACUGUAAUAUUAUAUACUUGUGAACAUGUAGUUUUGUACAUAGUAUUGUCUCCUUCAGAAGGUGUUUAAUAUCUUUGUUAUUUAAUCAGUGUUAAUUAUUUCUGCAUAGCAGAGUUUUUCUAAAUAGAUAUUCUAUCACAUUACAGCUGGGAUUAAUGUAUGGAUUUUUUUCUUUUCCCUACAUUCUUUGUUUUUGUUUCCCAUGUUUUCAGUCUAAGGGAAGUUGUUUUAUUUUUCAGAGGGAAAGUUUCGGUUUUAUUUAGAUCCCUUGAGAACACUUAAUAUUUUUAUAGUGAUAUAAUGUUGAAGUUUUUAGGAACUCGGAACUCUUCUUUGUUAGAAAAAAUAUUUAUUGAAAUUAUCAUUAAGCUUCAAGCAUGCAGGAAUGGAAUGAUGUUUCAUUGGUGUUGGACUUCUGUUCUUGCUUUGUUUCAGUGUACUACUUGCAUAUUGUACACAUGGUAGAGCUUUAUUCAGAUUUCUUUGUGAUAAUAUUUCCUGAAGAUGAUUGGGCUGUCUUUGGACAAAUGAAUAUGUAUGUAUUCAUACAUGGCUGGCACAGAUUUUGUAGUUCAUGUUGAGUUUAGUGCAUAGCACCUCAACAAUUUAUAUGUUUUAAAUAAUGUUACCAUAGAAUUAUUGUAAAAGAUUUGAAACUACAAUUGACACAGAGAACCAUCACAUUUGUAUUUAUGUGUUUACUUUAUAGUUUAGUAGUUAGCAUGCCUCUAAGUUUGCGUGAUGUAGCAGACAAUUUAUAUUACUGUGUUAUUGGAAUGAUCUAGGAACAGUGACCUGCAGUAUCCUGUCAACAUAUUUUGAGUGUGGAAGCUGACAGGGUGGCAUAGUGCCUAUGACUUCAAAAUAGCAAAAUCUGUCAUUGGUUGGAGUGACAGCAAUUGUUUUUAUUUCUUUAGUUCCCAUUCGGUACUCUACACUAACACCAAAAAAAUUAAUUUGUAACUUCAUUCCAACACACUGUGGCCCACUGCAAUCACCAUUAUUAUUAGUUUUUAAUAUUUUGUACUGUAUCAGUUCAUUAGUUAUUUGGUUGUUUCACAUAGUUGCCCAAGAGUCAUAUGAAAGUCACAGUGAGGCUUUUGAAAGUUUAAAUUAAAAUUUUGAACAGUCUUAUUAUGCCCUAGUCAUAUUAGGUAAUAGAUGGAACAUUCCUUGACAGUGAUAAACUCAGUUCAUGUCUUUAAUUAUACCAAAGUGAAACUUUGUUGUAUGAUAUGGCAUGAACAGCAAUUAACCAGCUGUGCUUAAAGCAAAGUGUUAUAAGAUUUAAAAUCUUGGAUCUGUUAAAAGUAUAAAAAAAUUAAACACACAUACUGUUGUGUGAUUUUAUUUCUAAUUGUGAUAGAGUAUGUAUAUUGUUAAAAAUCUGCAAGUUGUUUUUAGUGACUUCAUUAAGUUUUGGGACAAGUUUUAGUAGCAAGUAUUAUGUUACUUGGGCAUCAUUAGAUGAUUAUUUGUGAUGUUUCUGUUAGGUGAUGUGUAUCAUGUUCUAAAAGUGGUGCUUCUUGCUUUACAGUAUUUGUUUCUUUUAUUGUUUUGGGUACUUUAAUCUAGGAAAUAUUUUGGUAAUUUUGGGAACCAUGUUGCUCUAGCCCCUGAACUGUUACAGUUUCAUCUGCUACAAGCUGUUGUCAGUUAUAUCAUUCAUUUUUCAUCAGUGCCAUCAGUGUUUUAGCAAAUUCUCUUUCAGUAUCAAAAUAUUACAAAAUUUUCUGGUUCUUGUAAUUUGUAUUUUUGAUCAGAAAUUGUUUUUCAUAACUUUUACAAAAUGUAAAUCAAGUCAGCUUUUCACAUACAUAUUUUUUGUGAAGUAACUGAGUUAGUUUCAUCACUGAUAGUAGGUCAUAAAACAGGCCAGUUAUGUGAAGAUAUUUUCUACUAUGAAUUGCUGUUAUUUGGCACCUUUUUUUCUGUUUUGAAUGUAUAUUUUUGCUUAUACAGUUUGUUGUCUUUGUUUUCAUUUAGAAACAUAUAAUACUAUGUGCAAUCAUUUAUAUUUUAGUGCUCAUGAAUAGGUAAUAACUACUAACCAUAAGUUUUAAAGAGUUUGUAUAUUAUAUGUUGUAUAUAAAGUACAUUAUUAUUAUUAUUAUUAUUAUUGAAAGUGAAUAUUGUAAUACUGGUGAUCCGGAGUUUUCUUUUAUUAUAUGAGAAAAAAUUUAUUGUAGUUACUUUAAAAAACUUUGCAGUUGUUUGAAAGAAAGAAAUUGUUUAUAAUUGAAAAUCUCUUUUGUAAUAAAUUUUCUGCAGAUUUUAUUGGAGGAGGACUAAUUUUGAUAUAAAAGUUUUUGUUGGGUGUGAUUGUAUAUGUGUGAUUUCAUAUGAUCACAUUUAGAAAUUGUCAUGAUGUGCCUGAAGAAAUCAGUAAUAAACCUGUCUGACAAAUUUUCUGAAAACAUUGUACAAGUGGCAUCAUCUGUUGCUGUAAAAAAAAACACUCUCUCUCUCUCUCUCUCUCUCUCUCUCUCUCUCUCUCUCUCUCUCUCCCUCCCCCCCCCCUCCCUCCCUCCCUCCCUCCCAAAAAUAUAUAUAUUCUCUAGUGUCAGGGUUUUCUUUAAAUUACUUGCUAGUUCAGUUACAUCAUGAGAACCAUUGUUUGCAAAAUUCAGAACACCAUGAACCAUUUGCUUCACUUUGUUCAUUACAAUUAUUACAUCAGUUCAUAAACUGUGUUGUAGGUACAUAUCUGUGUAGUGUUCCUCCAGUUAAUUCACUUCUUCCACAUACCACUUCUCUCUGUGCUUCAUGGAACCCUAAUUUUUUGAAAUGCAGAUAAUUUUUACAGAUUAUUUGAAUACUGCAAUGUAAUAUUUUGUCUUCCCUUCCUACUUUAUUUGUAUCUUGAGUACUUAUCAUUCUAUGAUAUCUUGAAUUAAUCUAGUGGAAUGUAAGAAGCUGUAACAACUUUUAAACACAUUUUUAAUCAGUCUGUCAGGUAAUGUUAGUGCAAAAAGCCUUGUAAAUAAAACUUUUUUAAAAUGGUUUUUAGACCGUGUAACAUUUAUUGGUCCUAACCAAUAUAAAGUGCCUGAGAUCAUCUUCUGUGAUAGAAAGUGUAACUUUUGAGAGUCAUCCCUCUUUUAAGGUUCUUGACACCGAGAAAUAUUUUGGUAAUUACUGGAAGCAAACUCAAAACUGUUAUGUGUGUUUACACUUACUGUUCUUUCAUUGGUACAUGUUUCAGUAGCAACAAAUAAGUACCUGCGCGUUAUGACCAAAAUCUUGCUUUAUUAUACACCACAUAGAGAGGAAAGCAUUAAUUAGCUGUUCAGAAACUUACUGAAAGCAGCAACAUGUUUCUAUGCAUAUUGCUUUAAGCACUACACAAUCCACAUCUAGAUAUAAGCUUAGCAAGCAAAAAAAUGUACAUGUCUUAAGUGGAGGGCAUUCAUGCCAGAAUUAAUCACUGCCUGUUCUAUUCACUUCUUGAUGAGGCAAAAAUGGCUGCCUGUAUGCUUCCAUAUGCUACCUAAUCUGUUUACCUUACUCUCAAAAUUCCUCCAUGAAUUAUUUGAAGGCAGUAGAGUUGUUAAACAUAUUAAUGCAAAUAUCAGUGUUGGAUUGGAACAGUAUUGCAUUUCUUAGUUCAUUUCAUGGAAAUUACAUUUAAAUGUCAAGUGACUUCCUUACAAAUUAAAGGGUGUGCACACGUGGAUGAGAGAUGCAUUAAAGUUUUACCCUUCUUAUUUACAGAAUCCUCAAUACUUUUUACAGUGCUGCUUGUGUUAUGACAUUUAUUUACUAUUGAAACUUUUGUUUGAGUAGUGAUACUCAUGAGAGAGAAGCCAUUCCAUGAAUAAUUAUCAAAGCUGCUUUAUAGAUUUAAAGAACUGAAUUACAGUCAGUUUGUGAUAUUACUUGCUGAAAGCUCCAUGAGCACAAUGUGCUACAUUUCCUCUCUAGCUCUGGUGGUACAGGAUGAGUGAUGGCAUCAUGUUCCUGCAGUUUAUACCAGCAUUACAUGUAUUUCCACUACACUCUUAUAUCCUGCUUGUCUGUGCAGCAUUUUAUUUCACUGCACAGUGACUAAAAUGAUUUCUCAGGAGUGUCAGAGUCUUAAAACCAAACAAACUGGGAGUGACAGUGCUAGAGAUCAGUUAUCAAAACACAGUUAAACUUCAGUGCCUACAAAUAAAAAAAAGUUUAUACAGUUUUAACUGUUAUUGAAAUAUGGUAUUCAUUAAGAUUAAUUUUAGCAGAGUUGUGUUCUUGUUAUUACUGCUGUUGAGAAAAUUUAAUAAAACAUUUCAGAAUUUGUAAUAUUUUUGCUGCUUCAUAUAAAUGUUUAACAGAUUUGUUGUACUAUGUAAUUUUGUCUUUGUUACUCACUCAUAGUGCUUUAGAAGUACAGCAUGCAGUCCCAUUUUGAUUAGUGGAUGACAUUGUAUUUAUAUAUUUAGUGUAUAAGAAUCCACAGAAGCCAUCUGAUUUUGUAAAUGGCUCAGAAGUAAUGUGAAUCAUAUUACAAAACAGUCAGUGCAUAUUGUUAUUUACAACAAUUACAAUGGUUUUGUUAGAGAGUUUGCUUUAUAAUUAUAUUUGUAAUACCAGAAACACUGUAAUUUUUCAAAUUAAAAAUAUUGAAUAAAUCUACCUCCAAGGACAUAA